UUAGGUACAUUGUUUGCUAAACCCUGUUUCGUCAUCCUAGUAUAUGCAACAAGGCUUUGAUUCUCACCAUUAUUACGCUCCAUAUCCCACCAUGCCUAUAUCGCCCUAUGCGAACAUGGGUGUUCAAGGUCAACAAGGGGGACGUUCUCCAUCUCAGCCAUUCAUCCAUAGCACUCCUCCUAGAAGCAAGGCUAUUCCUAUCAUCAAUCCUGAAACCAUGGCUCAAGUCAAGACCGAUACACCUUCUACUGCUAGCUCCCCAUCCCGCAAGGAAGCUAGCCCUGUCAUUCCCAAGGCAGAGGAAAAGAAGGAGAAGAUUGAAGUCAAGCCUGCCGGUUCUCCAUCCCGAGCCAUUAAGAUUGUUGAUCCUGCUAUUAAGGAACGCGAGGAGCGUGAAAAGCCGUGAAGAAGCUGAACGAGUGGAACGUGAACGUGUCGCUGCUGAGCAAAAGGAACAGGAACGAUUGGCUGCUGAGCAAAAAGCUAAGGAAGAAGCAGAGGAACGACGUCUGGAAGAAGAGCGCUUGGCUCGUGAACGUGAAGAAAAGGAACGUCUCGAGAAGGAGGAAGCUGCCAAGAAGGCUGCUGCUGAAGAAGAAGCUACUGCUGCUGCUGAUGCUGCCAAGGCUGCUGAAUCUGAAGCUGCUGCCAAGGCUGCUGUAGAAGAGCCUGCGUCUGAAACCACCACCACCGAAGAUAAGGAAGAGGCUGACAAGAAGCAAGAGGAGCGCAUCGCUGCCAUUGCUGCUGCCAAAUCUUCCCGUGGCCCUGGUCGUCUUGAUCUCAGUGCUAUUCCUCCCCAUGUUGCUCAAGCAAUGCCUACCCCUGUCAGUGCUGUUGAACCCCCCAAGUCCAAGGUUCCUUCCCUCAUCUCACGUACCGUGGAUCCUACCACCGUUACCUAUCCUGAGGAAGUUCAACCUCCUGUUCAAUCCAAGCCUGGUGUGCAACAAUACGAUGUUGCUUUCUUGAUGCAAUUUGCUUUGCUUUGUACCGAUACCGCCGAAGAUCUCUCUGCCUUUGAAAAUGUUGGCAUUGAUGAAUCCAAUGAUCGUGGCUCAAGACCGGGUAUGCAACGCCGUCAAACCUCAGAACGAGGACGUGGUCCUCGCACCCCUGGUUCCCCAAUGGGCAAGGAUGGCAAGUUCGAAAUGGGCAAGUUUGCUGGUGGCCGUUCUUUGGCUCCUCGUCAAGGCAGUGGAAGUCAUGCUUUGCCUGCUCCUGGAUCGCCUGGUGGUAUGCAACGGGACGGUUCUCACGGUGGUCGCAGUCGUAGCGGUCGUGGUGGUAAGGGUCGUCAUCCUCCUAGAGAACAACCGGGUGGCCCUACCAUUCCUUUGGAUCAAGUCGUUCCUCUGGAAAAAUCCGAAAACCGAUGGGUUCCCACUACACUUGAUGACCAGGCCAACACUGCUGCCUCUGCUGCUUUGGAAGCUGAAAUCAUUCCUGAAGAUAUUGUCAUUCGUAAGGUCAAGUCAUUGUUGAACAAAUUGACAUUAGAGAAAUUCGAUUCGAUCUCCAAACAAAUUUUGGAAUAUGCCAACCAAUCCGCCAAGGAAAGCGAUGGCAAGACGCUUCGUGUGGUCAUUCAACUUGUUUUUGAAAAGGCCACCGAUGAAUCUCAAUUUGCUUCUAUGUGGGCACAACUUUGCCGCAUGAUGCUCGAUAACAUUUCUUCGGAAAUUCGGGACGAAAGCGUCAAGGACAACAAGGGUCAAUAUGUUACUGGAAGCAACUUGUUCCGAAAGUAUCUUCUCAAUCGUUGUCAAGAGGAUUUCGAACGUGGUUGGAAGGGCAAGUUGCCUGAAAUGCCUGAUACCAAUUCAGGUGUGCUUUCUGAUGAAUAUUACGCUGCUGUCAAGGCUAAGCGUCAAGGUCUUGGUUUGAUUCGAUUGAUUGGUGAACUUUUCAAGUUGCAAAUGUUGACGGAGCGUAUUAUGCACGAGUGUAUCAAGAAACUCCUCAGCAAUGUCAGCGAUCCUGAAGAAGAGGAAACUGAGUCACUCUGCAAAUUGAUGACGACGGUUGGUAAGGAUUUGGAUCAUCCAAAGGCCAAGGGAUGGAUGGAUAUCUACUUUGAACGUAUCAAGGAACUCCAAGCCAACGAUAAGCUCAGUUCCCGUAUUCGAUUUAUGAUCCAGGAUGUUAUCGAUCUACGAAAGAGCAAGUGGACAUUGCGACAAGGCCAAGGCCCAAGUGGCCCAGCUACAAUUGCUCAGAUCCAUGAGGAAGCUGCCAAGGCCAAGGAGCGCGAAGAGAAGGAGGCUAUGAAGCGCACUCCAUCAUCCCGUGGAAACCCUAUGUCUCGUGCCAGCUCUCAUCGUGGCAAGGAAAUGCAACGUGAAGGUAGCUCCUCCAGCGUUGGCCCUGAUGGCUGGAGUACAGUUGGCAAUGCCAGUCCCACUGGCCCUGCCCGCAAGGCUGGCGAUUUGGCCAAUUUUGGCAAGAUUGAACGUAGCAAGUCACGCAACGGUGUUUUGGGUCCUGGAAGCAGUCCAUUUGCCAGCUUGUCGGCGGUUAACCGACAAGGUUCCAAGAGUGGUGAAAAGAAGGUCGUUUCUGAGGAAAAGGCCAGUGCUUCCGCCAGCUCUGACUCUAUUGGAACUGCCAACAUGUUCAGUGCAUUGGGUGGUGAAGGCCAUGAAGACGAAAAGGCUCCUCUGGAACGCAAGCGACUUCAACUUUUGCCCCGUGGAGCAACUGCCAGUGGUGAUAUCGUAUCUAGCCCUGUUGCUCAGACCCCUAGUGAGCCUGCUGCUGCUACUGCUAAUGAUGCUGCCGCUCCAAAGAUGUCUGAAGAUGACGCCAAGCGAAAGAUCAAAAACAUGUUUGAGGAAUUCUAUGGUAUCAAGGAUAAAAAUGAACUCUAUGAAUGUAUCAAAGAUCUGGGAAGCAACGAAUAUCAUCCUCAGUGGGUGCAAUACGGUAUGGGUGUUGUAGAGUCCAAGGCUGAGGAUGUUGAACUGGUCAAGGAAGUUUUCAGCGGUGCCCAAGAGCGCGAAUUGAUUAGCAAGGAUGACUUCCGAAAGGGUAUCCAACAAUUCAUGGACGAGAUCUAUGAAGAUUUGAGAAUCGAUGUGCCUCUUGCUCCCAAAUACGUCCCACAGCUUAUCACCGCCGCUGGAUUCGAUCCCAAGGAGUUUAUGGACAACUAAAACUCUUUGGUUUGUAACAUUUUCGACCUGUUAUUUUGUUCACGCCUUUUUUUUUUUUUCUUCUUAAAAAACCCACCCAAAAAUCCCCUCAUCCGCCGUCAUUUGCACCUUCCCACUUGUUUGAGAUACAUUUUACGCAUAAUAGAGUUUUUUUUUUUUUUUCGAGACAAGGGAAGAUGUUUUUUGUCAACCAAGUCAAAAGAGUGUAUGUUUGGUUUUUCUGUUCUUCUUGGUUGAUGUUUUUCCUCCUUUAUUCUCUCUACACCUUUAUCCCGCACACUUCUUUUCAAAACAUACAAAAAAAUCUUUCCACUCCCUUUUGUCACCCACCCUC